UUAAUUUCUAUGGAAACUUCCAGAACAAAUAUGCAAGUAAACAUUGCAAGCUGUUUCCCCAAAUUAGAGGAGCUUAUGUCAUCCCAAGAAUUGACUCUCAAGAUCAUUGCCCGCGAUUACUGCUUCUGAGACCAAGAUAUGCUGUCUUUUCUUCCCUCUCAGAAUGAGAGGUCAGAAAUCAAGAUUGGAAGUUCCUCUUCAAUUAGUACCAAUGAUGAGACUCAAGGAUCCACUGAAUCUAAAAAGAAACACAAACAGCUCAGAUCCAUCAACUACUCUGUGCUUGAAGGGCACCCAUACGAGAUAAUCGACAACCCUAAAACCUCUGAAAAGAACAGGAAGCUGUAUAUCUGUAAAUACAGUAACUGUGGAAAGGUAUUCAAAAAGACUUGGAACCUGGUGUACCACUUCCGCGUCCAUGAAAAAGAAGCUGCUUACGAAUGAAAGUACUGCGGCAAGACUUUCAUCCAGAAGGCCAACUACGAGCGACACAUGUCAGUCCACGACCACACUCCAAUGGAACAAAGGAAGAAGCAUGAUUGCCCACAUUGAGCUAGGAAAUAUUCCUGCAAGUACAACUUAAACGCUCACAUUAAAAGAGACCACAAAGAAUUUGCUCCUAAGAUCCAAAGGAGGAGAAAAGCUCGUAACUAACUGUCUGGAGAUGUCAGUCUCAAAAAUUUUCUAGAACAAUUU